ACUGUAAUUCGUUUUUGGAAUCAAAAUAUUUGAAAACAGAAGAGGUCAAUAUUUUUUAAAAAAAUUCAAAAUGAUUUAAUUGCUGCUUCAGUGGAAAGAAAAAUCUUAGCUGGCUUGUACCGGCUCUGGCACCACCAAACCGAGCCGUCCUUCGUCGUCGUCUCUUUCUCUUCAACUUCGAUUUUCCAAGACGAAAAGUAUUUUCAGUUUGAUCUCCUCCGUCAUGGCCGUAGAUAGCAGAGUCGACCUGCUCAGCGAAAGAGCCGUGUUGAUGAGAGCAUCUCUUCAGAAGAGUCAAACCAUCACCGACAAUGUUGUCUCAAUCCUCGGCUCCUUCGAUAGCCGUCUCUCUGCUCUCGAAACCGCCAUGCGUCCCACUCAGAUUAGGACGCAUGCCAUAAGGAAAGCUCACGAGAAUAUCGAUAAGACUCUAAAAGCUGCUGAGGUUAUUUUGUCUCAAUUUGAUCUCCUCCGUCAGGCAGAGACUAAAGUACUCAAGGGGCCACAUGAGGACCUGGAAAGCUAUCUGGAGGCAAUAGCUCAACUCAGAAAAAUUAUUCGAUAUUUUAGCAGCAACAAAAGCUUUAAGAGUAGUGAUGGAGUCCUCAACCAUGCAAAUAGCUUGCUUGCAAAAGCACAGUCAAAGCUGGAAGAGGAGUUUAAGCAAUUGUUAGUUUCUUACAGUAAAGCUGUGGAGCCUGAUCGCCUUUUUGAAUGCCUUCCAAACUCACUGAGACCAUCCUUAGACGGUGAUGGUGGUGGAAAAUCUUCAAUGCCCCACGGAGGACACCACAACGAUGACUCAGAUACUGCUGCUUAUACACUUCCAGUUCUCAUUCCGUCAAGGGUAUUGCCACUGCUGCAUGAUUUGGCCCAGCAAAUGGUUCAGGCUGGUCACCAACAACUGUUGCUACAAAUUUAUAGAGAAACACGUUCUUUUGUCUUGGAAGAAAGCCUAAAGAAAUUGGGAGUUGAAAAACUUAGCAAAGAGGAUGUUCAGAGGAUGCAGUGGGAAGUUCUGGAGGCCAAAAUUGGAAACUGGAUUCAUUUUAUGCGCAUUGCUGUUAAAUUACUCUUUGCUGGAGAAAGGCAAGUAUGCGACCAGAUAUUUCGAGGCUUCGAUUCUCUUAGCGAUCAGUGUUUUGCGGAAGUUACAGUAAGCAGUGUCUCAAUGCUUCUUAGCUUUGGGGAUGCUAUAGCCAGAAGCAAGAGAUCUCCAGAAAAGUUGUUUGUACUCUUAGACAUGUAUGAGAUAAUGCGGGAGCUUCAUACAGAGAUUGAGACAAUCUUCAAAGGUAAAGCAUGCCUUGAAAUUAGAGAUUCUGCUAUGGGGUUGACAAAGCGGUUGGCGCAGACUUCUCAGGAAACAUUUGGUGAUUUCGAAGAAGCUGUUGAAAAAGAUGCUACAAAGACUGCUGUUCUAGAUGGGACUGUCCACCCACUAACAAGCUAUGUCAUCAAUUAUGUCAAGUUCUUGUUCGACUAUCAAGCGACAUUGAAGCAACUCUUCUUGGAAUUUGGAAAUGGGGACGACUCAAACUCGCAGCUGGCAUCAGUAACAAUGCGGAUAAUGCAGGCGCUUCAAAACAACUUGGACGGAAAAUCGAAACAGUACAGAGAUCCUGCGUUGACACACUUGUUCCUGAUGAACAACAUUCAUUACAUGGUUAGAUCUGUGCGAAGGUCAGAAGCUAAGGAUUUGUUAGGCGAUGAUUGGGUUCAAAGGCAUAGGCGUAUCGUUCAGCAGCAUGCAAAUCAAUACAAAAGAGUUGCUUGGACUAAGAUAUUACAAAGCUCGUCGGCGCAAGGGUUGACCUCAUCGGGAGGAGGAAGUGUAGAGGGAGGAAACAGCAGUGGCGUUUCAAGAGGAUUACUAAAAGAGAGGUUCAAGAUGUUCAAUAUGCAGUUUGAUGAGUUGCAUCAGAGACAAUCUCAAUGGACAGUUCCAGACACAGAGUUGCGAGAGUCACUUAGACUUGCUGUUGCUGAAGUAUUAUUGCCUGCUUACAGAUCAUUCCUCAAACGCUUUGGGCCUCUGGUUGAGAGUGGGAAGAAUCCGAACAAAUACAUAAAGUAUACAGCUGAAGAUCUUGAAAGAUUGUUGGGUGAGUUGUUUGAAGGAAAGUCUAUGAAUGAACCACGACGGUAAAAAGAAAACAACAACAAAAGACGAUCAUAACUAAUUGUGUAAGGUAAAUUUCUAUCAAACUGUUUGCUAUUGUAUAUGGAUUGUCCGCAUUUCGUUUUUUUUUUUGUUUUGUAUUUUUUUUUUGCUUAUGUAAAUUACCUGGAGACUUGAGUUGUUUCUUUUUGUUUAUGUUCGCGAUUGAAGUUAUCAUGGCCAAUAAGUCGUAGUCACACGGAUAUGAGAUUUCUUUUCUUAGUAUGAUUUCAUUGGAGAUCUAAAAUUUUAGGCAUUAUUUUCGGAAUGAUCUUCAGACUAUGUUAUAAAGACUCUUCUGUUAGCUUUGGGUUCAAAGAUCUUCACGCGGACGAAUCCCGGAUUUACGAAAGUUAAAUCGAAGAAAAAUAAAUCUUAAAAAGGAAAAUUCUAAAUUUUGUUUGAAG